AGAAGGAACGCGGGAAGGAACGGAGUGAGGAGGGCUUGCCAGCUCUGCCCAGGCGGGGCUCCGGCUCCGGCAGCUGAGCUUGGGAGUUAUCGGAGAAGUGAUUUUUUUUUUUUUCUUCAGAGUCAAAUGGCUGGCAUAGAAGCAUAACCCGCCUCCACUCUCCGGAUUUGUGCUUGGUUCUUGCAUCUUGGGACUUGUGAUCAUCAUGCUGUGAUGUGUGCCCAGAGAGGGAUUGAUUACCUACACAACCUGGAUCUCACCGCGUUUGGACAUGACUGAGCCUCUUCAAUGGGCCAGAUAUCACUGGCAGCGGCUGACCGGCGGUGCAAACAGGGACGAUCAUGAGAGGCCAUACAGCUAUUCCUCUUUGCUUGCCUGCAGGGGCAAGUCCUCCCAGACCCCCAAACUGGCAGGAAAGCACCGGAUUGUUGUUCCCCACCUCCAGCCCUUCAAGGACGAGUAUGAAAAGUUUUCUGGAACCUACGUGAAUAACAGAAUACGGACAACAAAGUACACGCUUUUGAAUUUUGUGCCAAGAAAUUUAUUUGAACAAUUUCACAGAGUCGCCAAUUUAUAUUUCCUGUUUCUAGUUGUCCUGAACUGGGUGCCUUUGGUAGAAGCCUUCCAAAAGGAAAUUACGAUGCUGCCUCUGGUGGUUGUCCUUACAAUUAUUGCAAUUAAAGAUGGCUUGGAAGAUUACCGAAAAUACAAACUUGACAAACAGAUCAACAACUUAGUAACUAAAGUUUACAGUAGGAAAGAGAAAAAAUAUGUCGACAGAUGCUGGAAAGAUGUUACUGUUGGGGACUUUAUUCGCCUUUCCUGUAACGAGGUCAUUCCUGCAGAUAUGGUUUUACUCUUUUCCACUGAUCCAGAUGGAAUCUGUCACAUUGAGACUUCCGGUCUUGAUGGAGAGAGCAAUUUAAAACAGAGGCAGGUGGUUCGGGGAUACACAGAGCAGGACUCUGAAGUUGAUCCUGAGAAAUUCUCCAGUAGGAUAGAAUGUGAAAGUCCAAACAAUGACCUCAACAGAUUCCGAGGCUUCCUAGAACAUUCCAACAAAGAACGUGUGGGUCUCAAUAAAGAGAAUUUAUUACUUAGAGGAUGCACCAUUAGAAACACAGAGGCUGUCAUGGGCAUUGUGGUUUAUGCAGGCCAUGAAACCAAAGCAAUGCUGAACAACAGUGGACCAAGGUAUAAACGCAGCAACUUAGAAAGAAGAGCAAAUACAGAUGUCCUCUGCUGUGUCCUACUGUUGGUUAUAAUGUGUUUAACUGGUGCAUUGGGUCAUGGAAUCUGGUUGAGCAGAUAUGAAAACAUACCCUUUUUUAACAUCCCUGAGCCUGAUGGACAUGUCAUAUCACCAGUGUUGGGAGGAUUCUAUAUGUUUUGGACCAUGAUCAUUUUGUUACAGGUUUUGAUUCCCAUUUCUCUCUAUGUUUCCAUUGAAAUUGUGAAGCUUGGACAAAUAUAUUUUAUUCAAAGCGAUGUGGAUUUCUACAAUGAGAAAAUGGAUUCUACUGUUCAGUGCCGAGCCCUGAACAUCACUGAGGAUCUUGGACAGAUUCAGUACCUCUUUUCUGAUAAAACAGGAACCCUGACUGAGAAUAAGAUGGUUUUUCGAAGAUGUAGUGUGGCAGGCUUUGAUUACUGCCAUGAAGAAAAUGCCAAGAGGUUAGAGUCCUAUCAGGAAGCUGCCUCUGAAGAUGAAGAUUCUGCUUACACUCCUAGUGGCUCCCUCAGCAAUAUGGCGAAACCAAGGGCCCCCAGCUGCAGGAUGGUUCGCAAUGGACCUUUAGGAAGUAUAUCCUCAGAUCAUCUUACUGGGAGCUGUUUUGCUCUAGGAAGUGGAGAAGGAGCCAGUGAAGUGCCUCAUUCCAGACAGGCUGCUUUCAGUAGCCCCAUUGAAACAGAUGUGGUACCAGACACCAGGCUUUUGGACAAGUUUAGUCAGAUUACACCUCAGCUUUUUACCCCACUGGAUGAAACUAUCCCAGAUCCACCACUGGAGACUCUGUACAUCAUCGACUUCUUUAUUGCUUUGGCAAUUUGCAACACAGUAGUGGUUUCUGCUCCUAACCAACCACAGCAAAAGAUUGGACUCUCUUCUGUGCAUGGAAUGCCCAUUAAGUCUUUGGAAGAGAUUAAAAGCCUCUUCCAGAGACUGUCUGUCCGAAAAUCAAGUUCACCAUCUCUUGCCAGUGGGAAAGAGCCAUCCUCUGGGGUCCCAAAUGCCUUUGUGAGCAGACUAUCUCUCUUUAGUCGAAUGAAACCAACUUCACCUGUGGAGGAAGAGAUCUCCCAGACAAGCAAGAGUCCCCAGGGCUCUGGUAACUCAGCUUGUCCCAUAGAAACUGAGAAACAAGACAGCAAUGUGGAUGUCACAAACGGCAAGGUGGAAUCCCUCCCUGGACAGCCCUUGGCCUCCAGCCUGUGUUAUGAGGCUGAGAGCCCAGAUGAAGCGGCCUUAGUAUAUGCUGCCCGGGCUUACCAGUGCACUCUGCAGUCCCGGACCCCAGAGCAGGUCAUGGUGGACUUUGCUGCUUUGGGACCAUUAACAUUUCAACUCCUACACAUCCUGCCCUUCGACUCAGUAAGAAAAAGAAUGUCUGUUGUGGUCCGGCACCCCAUUUCCAGCCAAGUCGUGGUGUAUACAAAGGGCGCUGAUUCUGUGAUCAUGGAGUUGCUCUCAGUGGCUUCCCCAGAUGGACCAGGUCUGGAAAAACAACAGACGAUGUUAAGGGAGAAAACCCAGCAGCACCUGGAUGCCUACACCAAGCGAGGCCUGCGCACUCUGUGUGUAGCAAAGAGGGUCAUGAGUGACACUGAAUAUGCAGAGUGGCUGAGAAAUCAUUUUUUAGCUGAAACCAGCAUUGACAACAGGGAAGAAUUACUGCUUGAAUCUGCCAUGAGGUUGGAGAACAAACUAACUUUACUUGGUGCUACUGGCAUUGAAGACCGUCUGCAGGAGGGGGUCCCCGAGUCUAUAGAAGCCCUUCACAAAGCCGGAAUCAAAAUCUGGAUGCUGACAGGAGACAAACAGGAGACAGCUGUCAAUAUUGCUUAUGCGUGCAAACUACUGGAGCCAGAUGACAAGCUUUUCAUCCUCAAUACUGAAAGUAAAAAUGCCUGUGAGAUGCUGAUGGACACAAUCUUGAAAGAACUUCAGAAGAAAAAUCCAGUUUCUCCAGAGCAAGCAUCAAGUGAGGCUUUACACCAGCCUCCCGCACCCCCGGACUCAGGGCUGCGAGCUGGACUCAUUAUCAACGGGAAGACCCUGGAGUUUGCCCUGCAGGAGAGUCUGCAAAGGCAGUUCCUGGAGCUGGCUGCUCGCUGCCACGCUGUGGUCUGCUGCCAAGCCACGCCCCUGCAGAAGAGCGAAGUGGUAAAACUGGUUCGAAGCCAUCUCCGGGUGAUGACUUUGGCCAUCGGUGAUGGCGCCAAUGAUGUUAGCAUGAUACAAGUGGCAGACGUUGGGAUUGGGAUCUCAGGUCAAGAAGGCAUGCAGGCUGUGAUGGCCAGUGACUUUGCCAUUUCUCAGUUUAAACAUCUCAGCAAGCUACUUCUUGUCCACGGGCACUGGUGUUAUACCCGACUUUCCAACAUGAUUCUCUAUUUUUUCUACAAGAACGUGGCCUAUGUGAACCUCCUUUUCUGGUACCAGUUCUUUUGUGGGUUUUCAGGAACAUCCAUGACUGACUACUGGGUCUUGAUCUUCUUCAACCUCCUUUUCACAUCCGCCCCUCCUGUCAUUUACGGUGUCCUGGAGAAAGAUGUGUCUGCAGAGACCCUCAUGCGACUGCCUGAGCUUUACAGGAACGGCCAGAAGUCAGAGGCAUACUUACCACUCACCUUCUGGAUCACCUUGUUGGAUGCCUUUUAUCAAAGCCUGGUCUGCUUCUUUGUGCCUUACUAUACCUACCAGGGCUCAGACAUUGACAUCUUUACAUUUGGAAACCCCCUGAACACAGCUGCUCUGUUCAUCAUUCUCCUCCAUCUGGUAAUUGAAAGCAAGAGUUUGACUUGGAUCCACAUGCUGGCCAUCGUUGGGAGCAUUUUGUCCUAUUUUUUCUUUGCCUUGGUUUUUGGAGCCAUAUGUGUAACUUGCAACCCACCAUCCAACCCCUAUUGGAUUAUGCAGGAGCACAUGCUGGAUCCAGUGUUCUACUUAGUUUGUGUUCUCACAACCUGUGUUGCUCUUCUGCCCAGGUUUAUAUACAGAGUUCUUCAGGGAUCUCUGUUCCCAUCUCCAAUUCUGAGGGCAAAACACUUUGACAGACUGCCUGCAGAGGAGAGGACUGAAGCUCUCAAGAAGUGGAAAGGGGCUGGAAAGAUGGAUCAGUUGACAUCUAAGUAUUCUGACCACUCAGCUGUUAAGUCAGAGAGAAUACCCAUUUCUGACCCUUCUGCUGUCUUUGCAGUGAUGUCGGCAACUCCUUGUGCUGUUGAGCAAGGAAAUUUAUCUGUGUGUGAAACUGCUUUAGACUCGGACUACUCUGAAAAUAAGGCCUCAGGGAUGGCUGGACCCUCAAAGGAUUAAAAAAGCAGAAUACCCUCCUUGGAGUUGCAAGUAGUCCUUCAAGUUUGGAAGAGGGCCUUUGAAGAGGCUCCUCUACCAAACCAGCAUGACUUGGAUUUUUCCUUCAGGGACAAGAACAUUUUACUGGGCUUGGAAAAGCCAAUGUGAUGACCUUUACUGUCUGUUUGUAGACAUUUGUAAAGGAGGUUAGAGUUUGACCUGAACAGAGUUUAGAGAAGUAAAAUAUUUAAUUCAGAAUCAAAUGCUUUUAGGAAACUUUUUGGAUUUUGUAAAAGCAUUUUAAUUGUUCUAGAAAUGCACAUAUUUUCAAGGGAAUUCAUUUGAGACAUAUAUUUAUUUUACUAUCUGUUCAUUUCAGUGUUCUCUUGAGGUGGAAGGCUUCACUGGUAAGGGGCAGCAGGGAUGCCAGGGUUCCAUGGAGAUGUGUUCUUCUCUCUGCUUCCUGUCAACAGAAGACUUUUUAUGAGGUAUACCUCUGUGCAGAUGUUUUCAAUUGGGAAACAGAGGCCAUAGGUAAGGAAUACAAAAUCAGCUGAGUCCAGGGGCCCUUUGUCAAUUUCCCAUAUUCUAAAACUGACAAUAGCCUAAUCAAAAUGAGACAAUCAAUUUCAGAACAGUCUUCAGGAGAUCAUUUGAGGGUUUAUAGUCUUUACAAUACCCUACAACUUUUCUGCUGUUGCAACCUCUAAAAAGGAGAUAUUAUGGAACUGACACUAAUACAGGUGGUUCUCAGGAGGAUUCCAUGAGGUUCUUAGAUUUGUUUUUUAAUACAUUUUAGGACAAGAAUGUCUAUAUAAAGUUAAUUGCUGUUGCAAAUCAUGUAUGCUGGUUUUAGUUGGAACAAAGAAACUAGUUUCUACCAAAACUGCCAGGUAUUAUUUUAAGAUUAUAUUUUCUUGUUGAGUUCUUUUAAAAGUCUGUAUCUGUCCAUCUGAAAAUUGUCAGCCACCCAGAAUUUCCUUCAUGAAAUUUCAAUGCUAAUGUUCCAUGUCCAUAUGAAGCUCUUCUUAAUGACUACUCAAGUAUUAUGCUCAGGGCUUAAUCUUCUACCUGCUACCUACUGUCCUGGUCUGACAUUUUUUGUAGCCUUCUGAUGUUAUUGCAAGUAGUCUUUUAUACAGACUGAUUUCUAGAAUAUUCAAAAUCCCAUAUGGCUAAUGGAGGUAGCUUUCUUCUUUCUUACGAUUUUUUAAAAAUAAACUAUUUAAUAAAUAACAUAUACAAAAAGCUAUCAUUGCUCCUAUAGAUACUCACCAAAUCCAACAGUAAUUGGUAUCAGAGCUUAGAAGGAAAAUCCCAAAGCACACCUUUUACCAGAAUAUUGUUUUGACCUUUUCUUACAUGGAAAAGUCAGUGAUCCUCAUAGUAGCUGGCAUUCAUUCCUUGAGAUCAUCAUCUUCCGAUAAAUAAAAAUUUAGAGACAUAUUCACUUACAAAUAAAAGAUUAGAAUCUAAGGAUAAAAAGACUGAGUCCAAAAGACUAAGAGAAAAGGUCAGUCUCCAGGAUGUAAAGUAUCUGUACACAUGAGUAAAGUCUUGAGUCUUCAUGUUAUGGGUCUACAAUCUCUUAUCCACAAUUCCACAAUCUCAAGAACUCUGAAAACUGAAAAAGUUUUCAUAAAUUAGGCACAAAUUCAAUGUCUUAAACAGAUGUAAGGCUAUUUAUUUAUUUAAUGUAAUUAUUCAUACAUUUUGCUACGAAAUUAUUAGUAGAUUUUAUUACUGGGUGCUAAACGUUGUAAUGUUAUACUUUUUAAAUUUUUUAAAAUUCUGGAUUCUGAAACACUUCUGGCCUUCAGGCAAAAGAGAUUUGGGAUCUGUAUGAAGCCUGUAAAGGGUCUUAUCUACAAUAACUCUUUCACACAAAGUUACCCAAGCUGAUGUGGUCUGUUGCAUUUCGGUAUUCAGUGUAUUCCACCAAAUUUGGGGGAGCCUAAAUCUGCUCCUAGUAGCCAAAAAAAAAAAAAAUUAACAGUAUACAUGUGUGAUACAAUUUUACCCAAAAAGAUUUAUAGAAGAAUUGGAUCAGAUUCCCAAAAUGUGCUCUAGACAUGAAAGAUCCUUGCCUUCUAAUCAGGGCUGAAGUUUUCCUUGGACCCUCAAUGGGUUAUUGGAGACUGCUAGCAACCUCUCAUUUCAGACUCAUCAAAGAGCCAUCUUCCAUCUAAAAUAAAAGAGCAUGUUCCUGGGGGAGUGAGAUAUAACACAAGAAAAUUUUGAUUGGUGGGAAACUGGGUGCCAACUAUAAUAGUGGGAGGCACCAUUUUCUGGGGCUUGCUCCAUGUUUUAUAGCCAUAAAAAGAAAAGAUUAUACCAUUUUAUUUGUAUUAAGGGUUACUUAAAAUAAGUACAAUAUAUAUAUUUCACUGAACAUAAGUUGAGUAUAUGUUGUUACAUUAUGUACCUAUAAGUAUAACAACACUGACAUAUGUUCUUAAACUUUCAUACAGUUGUGACCACAAUUCGGUUGCCAGAUUUUACAUUCUCAAUAGGUUUAUAUAAACUACAGAACAAGAGAUGAAUAAUGUGGAAAGUGUCAAGACAACUUUUCGAAUGUCACCUACGCACACAUAUAGAAAAGAGUACAAAAAAGACACGUAUAAAAUUGCAGGUAGUCUCUGGGGAAUGCUGAGGCAGCCCAGGUUGCUGGUGGAGGGAAUCCUACUUGUUCAAAAGGCAUUUGGAUGUUGCAAAAUGGAUGCCUGACUAAUUUAAGUAGGUGCAUGUGAAGAUUUGUAUUUUGAAGCUUUUUUGUGGGGAAAAAAUACUGUAACCACUAAUUACUUCAAAAUUGAUGUGUGUAAAGUGGCCUAGUGCUUAAAAGCAUCUUUAAAUUUUUGUUUUAAUUAUCAAUGGGAAGAAAUGGCAACACCAGAUAUUAAACAUCUUUCAACGACAAUUACAAAAUGUUUUUCUCCGUGCAAAGUUUUACUGUGCUUUCAGAUGCAUUUCUGUGACUUUAUUGGUAUGGACAAACACAAGAAAACUGGAAAAUACUUAAUUAGGGGUGGGGUGUAAUUUUC